CCUCCUAGUACUCUCGGCUCGCUUUCCCACAACCCCGCCAGGUUUCGGCGUCUCCUUUUCACCUUCCUUCCCUUGGGGUAGUUCCAGAGGCUCUGCACCCUGCGGCGUGAAAAGCAGACCUGCUUCCCGCCCCCACGCGAGGGCACGCCCACCAGUUGCAUCAGCCAAUAGUAGGCCGCGCAGGGGCGGCGGGAGGUGCAGCUCGGCCCCACCCUCCAGCCUCGCUGUGGCCUGCGGCUCCCGGGCGAGUAGCGCCGCUCGCGGUCGAGCUUACUGAUCUCGUGUGUGGAACCGCGAGUCUCGGGCGCUUGUCGCCGGCUACAGCUCAGCCCAGCGCCGCCGACGCCGUCGGCCCCCAGCCUCCACCAUGGACUUCGAGGACGAUUAUACACACUCUGCUUGCAGGAAUACUUACCAAGGCUUUAAUGGAAUGGAUCGUGACUAUGGUCCUGGAUCUUAUGGAGGGAUGGAUCGUGACUAUGGCCAUGGAUCCUAUGGGGGUCAAAGAUCCAUGGAUUCCUACCUAAACCAGUCAUAUGGCAUGGACAAUCACAGUGGUGGUGGUGGGGGUAGCAGGUUUGGACCUUAUGAGUCUUACGACUCCAGGUCUUCUCUGGGUGGGCGAGAUCUGUACAGAUCUGGCUAUGGUUUUAAUGAACCCGAACAAAGCCGCUUCGGAGGUAGUUAUGGUGGUCGAUUUGAGAGCUCCUACCGGAAUAGCCUUGACUCUUUCGGAGGUAGAAACCAGGGCGGGGCUAGCUGGGAAGCACCUUACUCCCGUUCAAAAUUGAGGCCUGGGUUUAUGGAGGACAGAGGAAGAGAGAAUUACUCUUCCUACAGCAGUUUUUCUUCACCCCAUAUGAAGCCUGCACCUGUAGGCUCUCGGGGGAGAGGAACGCCUGCUUAUCCUGAAAGUACGUUUGGAAGCAGAAACUAUGAUGCUUUUGGAGGACCAUCAACAGGCAGAGGCCGAGGCCGAGGACAUAUGGGUGAUUUUGGAAGCAUUCAUAGACCUGGAAUUGUUGUUGACUAUCAAAACAAACCCACCAAUGUGACAGUUGCUGCUGCAAGAGGAAUAAAGAGAAAAAUCAUGCAGCCAUUUAAUAAACCUGGUGGAACUUUUAUCAAGAAACUCAAGCUAGCAAAACCUAUGGAGAAGAUGAGCCUCAGCAAGUCACCUACAAAAACCGAUCCUAAAAAUGAAGAAGAAGAAAAGCGACGAAUUGAGGCUCGACGGGAGAAACAAAGGCGCAGAAGAGAGAAAAACAGCGAGAAGUAUGGAGAUGGAUACAGAAUGGCAUUUACAUGUUCAUUUUGUAAAUUUCGAACAUUUGAAGAAAAAGAUAUUGAACUGCAUCUGGAAAGUUCUUCACACCAGGAGACAUUAGAUCAUAUUCAGAAACAAACCAAAUUUGAUAAAGUAGUUAUGGAGUUUUUGCAUGAAUGUAUGGUGAAUAAAUUCAAGAAAACAUCUAUUCGUAAGCAACAGACAAAUAAUCAGACAGAAGCAGUCAAAGUAAUUGAAAAAGAUGUUAUGGAAGGUGUCACUGCAGAUGAUCACAUGAUGAAAGUAGAGACUGUUCACUGCAGCGCUUGUAGUGUGUAUAUCCCCGCUUUGCACAGUUCAGUUCAGCAGCAUUUAAAAUCGCCUGAUCACAUCAAAGGGAAGCAGGCUUAUAAGGAACAAAUAAAACGAGAGAGUGUCUUGACUGCUACAAGCAUUUUAAAUAAUCCAAUAGUGAAGGCACGAUAUGAACGUUUUGUUAAGGGUGAGAAUCCUUUUGAAAUUGAAGAUCAUUCUCAGGAUCAGCAAAUAGAAGGAGAUGAGGAGGAUGAAGAAAAGAUCGAUGAGCCUAUUGAAGAAGAGGAGGAUGAAGAGGAAGAAGAAGAAUCAAAGGGAGGAGAAGUGGAGGAAGCAGAGGAAGCAGAGGAAGCGGAGGAAGCAGAGGAAGCGGAGGAAGCAGAGGAAGCAGAGGAUGUGGGAGAAACUGGAGGAGUAGAGGGCGAGGGGGACACAGAAGGAGGUGGGGACGCAGGGGCAGAGGGAGAAGUGGAAGAAGCGGGGGCAGUAGAGGAAGAAGAAGCAAGGGAAGAACCUUCUGAUUUCCCCAUUGAGCAGCCUGAAGAAAAUUAAAUAUAAGGUAUUAGAUUUACAAGGAGCUUUAAAUUUCUGUGCUAAUGUGGAAAAGGGUAAGAAUUUUAAUAGCUUAAAAAUAAGAGUUAACACCCGUCUUGCAUGCAUUCCACAUGUUAAAAUUGUGUUUUAUAUAAUUUCUAAAUGUUUGGCAUUUGUUUAAUAAAAUGAAGGUAAGACUAGACUAUUUUAGUUUAGUUUUUAUAGUUACCAAACUAGAUCUGAUCAAUUGUUUGUAUAAUUUUUAAGCUUGAUUUUUAUUACUUUAUUGGUGUUAAAGAUAAUUACUGUAUAUUGUUAGUAAUCUGUUCUAAUCAUUUGAACUUAAAUGCUGCUCUUGGGAGUGAAUAUUCAAGUGUGCAUUAAUUUUUUGAAUACUUACCCUAGAAGAGGUAAAUUGGGCAAGUAUUUUGUGCUCUGUGUAUUUUUUUAUAGCCUUGGAUGUUGAAUAGUAAUGUGCGUUGAAGAUCCACUUACAGGCUUUUUGUGACCAUGUUUCCCUUUGUAGCAAUAAAAUGUUUUUUAUAAAAUCUUUCACCCUGAAUUAGCAAUUUAAAUGAAGCAGUUCAUCAAUUAAAUGAAUAAUUGAAAAUCAAGAUUUGCCUUAACAUAUGAGUUCAGGUCACAAGUAUUUCAAGAUGAUUGAGAAGACUUGAAUUAAAAAUUUUUUCUCAAUCAUCAUAUUUUUAAAAUGUAUGACUAAAAUAUUUUUUUUAACACAUUUCAAAUAGAGGUCAGCUUGUAACUGGCCUUGUUUAUACUUGUUUUAGUUUGUUCCUUUUCUCUAUUCCUAUGUCAGAUCUUGAAAUCUUCCUGAAAAUACACUUGAAUACAAAUAAGUUUUCCGUAGUUGCGUAAGUUCUUUUGUCAUGUUUGUUUUUGGCUGAAGAAGCAAGAAGCAAAUUAUCUUUAUUCAGAAUAAUUAUUUCUUUUCCAAAUAUUUCUCUUCUUUUUCUUUUUUACUUUUUAUGGCUUGUAUACUUGAAGAUCUCAUUAACAAUGUAUUUUCAAAUGAUUAGGUUACUGAAAAGUAGUGCUCUAUUUCUUUGAAUCUUUGGCCUCUUUUGAGACAGGUGCUUUAUUUCAAUGAAAGUAGCUUCUAAAAAUUUUGAGGCAUUGAAUGGAUGAAUAUUUGGGCAUAUUAAAUUUGAAAGUAUUAAGUGGAUGAUUAUGUAGAAUUUCACAGAUACUUUUUACAUAGAACGGGACUUUUAAAAUUAGAUUUUCUGGACCAAUUUGGUUUUUUUUUUUUUGAGGGGAGAUAGGUUUGUUUACCUUUAAGCUAGGAAUAUCUAAUAGACGUUUACAUCUAAUUGCAGGGAUUUGAAACCAAAUAAGAGAAAGUUAAUUGAAGACUAGAGAAAUUAGAAUUUUGUGUAAGAGUCUAUAUUUACUUUGUAGGCUUCAAUAUUUUGUUCUUAAGAUACUAAGUAGGGUGAUUUAAAAAAAUGAAUGUAUCUGGUAAUGUGAUUGAGAUGCAAAACUUUUAGGAAGAAUCCUGGCCAGGUUUGGUGGCUCACUCCUAUAAACCUAGCUCUCUGGGAAGCCAAGGUGGGAGGAUUGCUUGAGAUCAGGAGUUUUUAAGACCAGCCUGAGCAAAAGUAAGACCCCCAUCUCUACUAAGAAUAGAAAAAUUAGCCAGGUGGGGUGCUGGUUUCCUAUAAUCUCAACUACUUGGGAGGCUGAAGCAGGAGGAUUGUUUGAGCCCCGGAGUUUGAGGUUGCUGUGAGUGGUGGUGACCCCACUGCACUUUAGCCUGGGUGACAGAGUAAGACAAAAAAAAAAAAAAAGAAGAAUCUUAUAUAACAAGAACCUUGUGUAACAACCUCUAGGUUUCUAGGUAAAGGUUUUAGAAUGAGAGUGCAUUUAACUAGUAUUUUUUGUGGAAAGCACGAGACUUUAUACAGACUAGUUCAUUGCAAAGUAUUAAUAAAGUAUUUUUUUAUUGGGCUUAAUUCAGAAAUUCAAAUUUCUGUAUUUCCUAUUGCAUGAUUUAUAGAUGGGCAGUUUAAUUUAUAGGUGGAUUAAUUUUUGUGAUCCCUAAUGUUUAUAUUUCCAUUGCUUUUGUAAUGAGGAUUUAUAUAAGAUCUUUUAUAACCUUUCAACUUCUAUUUUCUAAGUAUUACUUGUUUUCCUUAUUAAUUAAAAAAUAAGAUAUUAAGAAGUGAGAUACAUAGUUCUAAAUAACCAAAGAUGUUUAUUUACAACCUAUACAGUUGUUUAAGAUAGAUGUCUAUUUUUUAUCAUUUCCUACCUCCAGUCUAUCAGAAAGUCUUAUCUGUUCUACUUCCAAAAUUUAUUUGCCCAUUCUUCCACCUCUGCUUCUACCGGUCAUGAUCAUCUCUUCCCUGGACUAUUGAAAUUACCCACUAAUCUUGCUUCUACCUUUACCUUGCUAGACUCAGUUCACUACACAGAACUGUAAGCUUUUAAAAAUGCAAUUCAGGGCUCGGCACCUGUGGCUCAAGCAGCUAUGGCACCAGCCACAUACACCUGAGCUGGCUGGUUUGAAUCCAGCCAGGGCCCGCCAAACAACAAUGACUGCUGCAACCAAAAAAUAGCUGGGCGUUGUGUCGGGCGCCUGUAGUCCCAGCUGCUCGGGAGGUGGAGGCAGGAAAAUCGCUUGAGCCCAGGAGUUGGAGGUUGCUGUGAGCUGUGAUGUCACAGCACUCUACCAAGGGCAACAGCUUGAGGCUUUGUCUCAAAAACAACAACAACAACAAAAAAUGCAAUUCAGAUAAAGUUAGUCUCCUGCUUUCUUUUAUACUUGUACAAUCCAAACUCCUUAUCAUGGCAAUCAGACUGGCCUACCUUUUCAACUUUAUAUCAUGCCAUUUUUCUCACUAGCCACAAUGGCCUUCUGUUACUUUUUUGAUGAAGCUCUUUUUUAGAAAGAUCUUUGCAUUUUUCUGUAGCCUAUACCUACCAGCUUUCCUUGGCGGAAUCUUCGUUCUUCAGGUUAUUUUAAUUGUUAGAAAAGGGCAGUAGUUCUUAAAUUGUGAAAGUGAAGAUUUGGGGGCACUACCCUAGAUUUACUAGAGCAUAUUCUUUUGAUAUAUAUUUUUUAAUUUUCUUUGGAGAUGGGAUCUUGCUGUGUUGUGUUGCUUAGGCUAGACGCGAAGUCUUAGGCUCCUACCUCAGCCUCCCACCACACCCAGCUGGGAGAUGUAUUUUUUUUUUUUUUUUAUAGAGACAGGGUCUCACUUUAUGGCCCUCGGUAGAGUGCUGUGGCCUCACACAGCUCACAGUAACCUCCAACUCCUGGCCUUAAGCGAUUCUCUUGACUCAGCCUCCCAAGUAGCUGGGACUACAGGCGCCUGCCACAACGCCCAGCUAUUUUUUUGUUGCAGUUUGGCCGGGGCUGGGUUUGAACCUGCCACCCUCGGUAUAUGGGGCCGGCGCCUUACCGACUGAGCCACAGGCGCCACCCGAGAUGUAUUUUUUUAACAAGUAUCCCAGGUGAUUUUGAAGGUGGUGGUCAGUGAUUGCACUUUGGGAAUAUUGAUAGGGCCCUCAAACAAAUUUCUGGUGCCUUACAACUACUCUUUUAUAUCAAAAUAGGAGUUUCUGUCCUUUUGUAGAUAGACAUAGGUUUUUUUUUUCCUUUGAGACAAAGUCUCACUGUCGCCCCCAGCUCACAGCAACCUCAAACUCUUGGGCUUAAGCGAUUCUCUUGCCUCAGCCUCCCAAGUAGCUGGGACUACAGGUGCCCGCCACAGCACCUGCUGUUUUUUGCUUGUAGUUGUCGUCGUUGUUUGGCAGGCCCGGGCUGGGUUUGAACCUGCCAGCUCCAGUGUAUGUGGCUGGUGUCCCAGCCACUGAGCUAUAGUCGCUGAGCCUAGAUAGACAUAGUUUUGAGGGAUUCUCCAUAAUAUUUUAUUAAAGCAUUUGGAAUCUCUAACCGACCUUUAGGAGCCAGAAAAUUGAACGUUUAAAAAAAAAAAAUUUAAUAGUUAAAAUUACAUUGUGAUUUUAGUAGGUAUAGUAGAUUUUUUAUGUACCAAGCUCUGUCUUGUAUACAUAGACCCCCCAAAAAAGAACUUAUAGGACAGCGCCUGUGGCUUAAAGGAGUAGGGCAGUGUCCCCAUAUGCCAGAGGUGGUGGGUUCAAACCCAGCCCCGGCCAAACACUGCAAAAAAAAAAAGAACUUAACAAAGGCAAAUGUUGAUAGCAUAUGUUGAAAUUUAUUUAAGAGUUAUGUUUUUCUUUUCUUUUUUUUUUUUCUUUUUUGGUGAGACAGAGUCUCUGGCUGAGGUGUCAGCUUAGCUCACAGCAACAUCAAACUCCUGGGCUCAAGUGAUCUUCCUGCCUCAGCCUCCCAAGUAGCUGGGACUACUACAGGCAUGCAUCACCAUGCCUGGCUAAUUUUUCUAUUUUAGUAGAGAUGAGGGUCUUGCUCUUGCUCAGGCUGGUCUUGAACUCCUGACCUUGAGAAAUUUUCCUGCCUUGGUCUCUCAGAGUGCUAGGAUUACAGGUGUGAGCCACUACUCCCAGCCAAGAAUUCUAUUUUUCUUGGCAAGGUUGUUCUUAUCAUAGAAAUAAAGACUGUCAGAUUAUCUUAGACAUAUUAUAUUAUUUAACAUUUUAUUGGUCUAUCAGAUUGUCCUUAUUUUGAAUAUAAGCAAACUUUUUUAUUUUUUUUACUGUGGUAAACCAUACACAGCAUAAAAUUUAUCAUUCUAACCAUUUUUAGUGUAUAGGCAGUCUCCAAACUACAAACAUCGAAGUCAACAUACAACUCUUACUUAUGAACAGAGGCCAUUACAGGUAAUAGGUAAAUGUAUCUGUUAAGAACAAAUCUACAGAACCUAUCUUGUUUGUAACCCGGGGACUGUCUCAAUGGCAUUGAUUACAAGCAAACUUUUGAUUACAGUCUGACAUCUAUUGAUGGACAGAAAAUGGAGUAGUUGUUCAGGCAGAAAUGUUCUAGUUCACGCAACAGUUAACAGUUAAUAUUUUGUGUUAACAAUUUGGCUUUAUUUGAUAGAGUGUCUGCCCUGAGAGUUGGGCCUCUAUUUGGCAUGCAAACAAAACCAGAGAAUCUAUAAGGCUAGAGGACAGAUUCUUGGCAAUGGUAAAUUAAGUAGGCCCUGUCGCUGUUUGAGGCCUCCUGAGAAACAGCCAUGAUAGUUUAGUCUCUUCUCACUUUUCCUUUUCUCUUUCCCUAAUUUUCUUGGGUUUUGUUUUAAAAUUUUUUUUAAGUAUUAUAGGUCUUGAUGGUGACAAAUUGCCUUCCUUUACGACAGGGAAGUAUGAGACAGCAUGGAGUGUGGAAGGCAACUCUUAAGUAGAUAGGUUAUUAAAUGAGUGUAAAGUAUGAAUUUGGGAGAAUUGCAGAUCAAAAUGCCAUACUGGGUUUAAGUUGUUAUUUUCUAAAGUUCUAUUAAAAUUACAGAAGAAAUAUAAUAAAAAAUUACAGUAAUAAAGAUACAUUUAUAAACACACUAGAAAGACAACAAGGGUGUUGGGAGGUAUUUUCGAAAGAUGAAAAGUAAGGAAUUAGCUCCUGAUGAAACCAAAAGAGCCAAGUAACUGACAGCCAUACAGAUGAGAAUUAAGGAAUUACUCCAGUUUUAGAGGCAGCUGUGAGAUAGGGCAUCAGUUGUAUGGUAAGCCAGAUUUUUAAUGAACUAGGUAAGUCAUUCUCACUUCUGUCUCAGCGUUGGUGGUCCACAGAAUUACUCCAAGUUACAGCCAUGAAACAGCUUGCUGUUUGCCAAGUAAAGUGAGACUCAAAAAAGUGUAAAAAGCAGAGCAUAUAUGCCACUGAAAUGUGACACUGCUCCAGGUGUUUUGUGAUUACCACAAGGGGCUUUUUAUUCAUUCUUAGAAGACAAGCAGACAAAAGAAUCUGUUGGCUGUCCUUUCCCAGUUUUUUUUUUUUAACUGAUUUUUCCUUCCUUAGUUGAAGGGCUUUCCAAGCAAGAUACCAACUUCAGAACCGUAAGGAAUGACAAAUUUGGUACACGUGAAAAAAAAGCUACAGGGUGAAAGACACCAUAAACAAAAUUGAAAGAAGAGUAAUAGAAGAGGAGAAAAUAUUUGCAAUAAAGAUAAGACUAUAGAUAUAGGUCAUUACAAAAGUUUUGAGACAGAUUGUUUUUUGGGGGACAGUGUUGCCCCAGGCUAGAGUGCUGUGGCAUCAGGUUAGCUCACAGCAUCCUCAAACUCCUGGGUUCAAGCAAUCCUCCUGCCUUAGCCUCCUGAGUAGCUGAGACUGUGGGCAUCUGUUAUCAUGCCCUGGCUAAGUUUCUAUUUUUAGUAGAGAUGGGGUCUGCCCUGUGCUGGUCAUAAACUUCUGCGCUCAAACAAUUCUCCCACUUUAGCUUCCCAGAGUACUAGGAUUAUAUGUGUGAACCGCCACUCCCAGCUAGCUGAGAUAGACUGGGUAUAGUCUGUUAAUUUCAUUUUUUUUUUUUUUUUUGAGACAGAGCCUCAAGCUGUCACCCUGGGUAGAGUGCUAUGGCAUUACAGCUCACAGCAACCUCCAACUCCUGGGCUCAAGCGAUUCUCCUGCCCCCGACUCCCAAGUAGCUGGGACUACAGGCACCCGCCACAACACCUGGCUAUUUUUUGGUUGCAGCCAUCAUUAUUGUUUGGCGGGCCCAGGCUGGAUUCCAACCCACCAGCCAGCUCAGGUGUAUGUGGCUGGCGCCUUGGCCGUUUGAGCCACUGGCGCUGAGCCUGUUCAUUUCAUUUCUAAGAAACAGCGGGUGGUGUCUUUUCUAAUUCACUUGUGCAAGUUUCAACUUGCUCAACUGAAUAGUGUCUCUGGGAGGGCUUCAUUCAUUUCCAUCCAUACAGAUUUUAUGCGGAUUUUACAUUUCUUGAUUUUUGUAUAUACCUCAAAACUUUCAUAAUGACCCAUAUACAAAAGAGUAAAUUAAGUCAACAGAGAGUUCUAAUUUGUCAACUAUUACAUUGGUAAAUUAUUCAAAAAUUUAUAAUAACCCACUGUUGAGGAAAGCAGUGCAUAAAUUGUUUCACCUGAUAUAGUGGGCAAGUUGGAAAUACCCAGCAAAUUCAAAAUGCACACACCCUUUAUCUCAGCAAUAUCACGUAUAAAUAGCUAAGUAAUUUGGCUAAAAUCCCAAGUGUCUGACAUGCACAUAAAUGAAAAGAUACCUAUUUCAUCUAAAAUGUAUUGAGGCUAAUGCUUUUUAACUCUUACAGGAAAAUGUCAAAAUGAAAAAAAAAAAUGUUUUUUACACAAAAAUACCACCGGGCUGUUGGUGGUGGUGAUACGCCAUCAGUUGUAAAGUGCAUCCAAGCACAAGAAAUGAAGAAAACGUUGGGGAAAAAAUUUAGUCUUAAGAAUUGCUGGAACAGGGUAUAUCUAUAAGAAUCAUCUUUGCAGCAUUAUUUGGAAUAAUGAGAAAUUGGAAACAAUCUAAUAUUUAUCAAUAAAGGGAAUAAUUAAAUUAUGGUACAGGCAUCAUAACUGAGUGUAUAGCCCUUAGAAGGAAUGAUGGCGAUCUGUAUGUUCUGACUUAGAAAAAUCUCCAAGAUAUAUUGUUAAGGGGGGAAAAAGCAAGUUACAAUAUAACAUACAAUAUAUAUUAGAUUUUCACUUAUAAAAAAACUAUGUAUGUGUAAAUAUAUAAUAUUCAAAUUAUAUUUGUACAAAAAUGCUUUAAAAU